AUGCUCUCACUGGUGCGUACUAGCGGUUGUCGGAUUCUGAAGCGAUACCAGGCGGAGAUCAAGUGUGGCUCUCUGAUCUGGUGCGCCUCAUGUGGCCAGAAAUCGGAUUGGUGCAACAGUAAGCCACGUGGCUACAAAACGGGAGCGAAGUUGGGGAAGUAUCAGACCUAAUACAAAUAAAGAACCAUUCGUGGGCUGUGAAGACGUUAUGGCGAGUGGGAUGAUC